AUGGGCGGAGGAGGGAAGUUUAAGUCGGGGCAAGACGCCGCCUCGCCUGCGCCGCCGCCGCUGUCCGGCCGGCGAGUGUGUCGGGGGAGCCGCCACCUGUUUCGGGGGGCGCGGGGCGCCAUGGCGGACCCGCCGCCCGUGCUCAUCCUCAGCCACUUCUGCCCGCGGCCCUUCGUGUGCUUCGGGGCCCUGCGGCCCGGCGCCUCCCGGGCGCGGCCGCUCGCCGUGCUCAACCCCAACGCCGAGCCGGCCGCCGUGGCGCUGCCCCGCGGGCCCGCCGAGCGCGGCUUCCAGGUCCGGCCGCGCGCCUUCCGCCUGCAGCCGAAAGAAAAAAUAGUCAUUUCUGUGAUCUGGACGCCAGUGAAAGAAGGCCGAGUCCGAGAGGUCCUGACGUUCGUCGUCAAUGACAUUCUGAAACACGAGGUCAUUUUGCUAGGAAACGCCGAGGAGCCCAGAAAGAAAAAGAGGAGUCUUUGGGACACCAUUAAGAGGAAGAAAGCUCCGGCCUCCUCAGGCCACAAGAAGAGGAUUCCGAAUAUUCCGAGUGUGAACCAGACGUUCAGCGUUCCGCCCAAAGCGGACAGAGUCAGGAGCCCCCUCCAGGCCUGCGAAAACCUGGGUGCGAACGAAGGCUGUGCCCCAACAGCCAGCGAUUCUCUCAUCCUCCAGGAGAAUAGAAUACCCAUCUCGCCCAUCAGCCCCGCUCCGGAGGAAUGCCCCGGGGACGCGUGCCUGCCCCUGCGCGUCCGGCGGUCCACCGCCUACCCGUCCCUCCAGGCACCUGUCAGCGGGCAGCUGUGGGCACUGGGAGGCGCCCCCGCGUGCCAGGAGUUCGACGACAACGUCACGCCGGAAAGUUCCUUGGACUCCUUGACUGAUGAUGUCAACGGCCCCAUGGAAGAGGCCGGUAAACACGUUCUCACCCCGAACUGCCCUUCCACGUGGGGCGUUGCCCGGAGCCACGGGGGCUUUCUGAGCCCCGGCUCCUUUGUGAGGAGCAGCCACAGGGUCGGGGAUAAACCAGUGACGUGUGUCUCCCCAGACGUGUUUCCCAAAGCGGGUUCGAGGCCCAGGCCCGUGGAACCAGACACCACCCCUGGCACGUAUCGGGCCAUUCUAAGUCCCGAUUCCUUCCUCAAGGACAAUUACGGGCUAAGCCAGAAGCUGGAACCGGAGUCCGCGAACCCGUUUGUGUCCCCAAACCAGUUUGUCCGAGAGAACCUGCCGCAUUUAGCUGUAGCUCGGCCAACGUGUCAGUUGUCGCCGCUCUCCAAAGAGAAUUCUCAGGCCCCACCGUCUCCCCCGGGGCAGAAAGAAAAUGAAGAUUUACCGCUUAUUCCUGGAGGCCGGGCCUCGAACUCUCCAGAAGCCAUCUUUGAAGAACCCGCGGCUUUGGAAGCGAUGCCGGAUGGUUCCGCUUUCACAAAACGGAAGCGGCCCGGGCUGCCCGCGGCCCCAGCUGCUGCCGGCCCGGACCCCGGGGCCCAGCCCCCGCGCCGCCCCAUCCUCUCGGCCACGGUCACCAAGCCGAGGCCGCCGGGGCCCCGGGCGCACACGGACGCCGGCGCCCCGAGGGCCAGGCGGUGCCUUCGCAGCGCGGUCGGCGGGUGUGUGAGCCCCGCAGACGACCCCGAGGACGACGGCGCCCUUCACCCCCCCCUCCCGGUCAUCGAUCCCGCCGGGAGCAGCUCUCCGGGGAGCAGAACGGCGCCCCCUGCCCCCCAGACCGCCUUGGCGGCGGCGCGGAAGAGGAAGAGCUGGGGCAGCGGGGAGGCCGCACGCGGGGCGCUGGCAGGCCCAGGACCCCCAGAGGGACGCGAGAGCAAGAGAACCCACUUCUGUCCCCCGGAGCCCCGGACCUCCACGGCCAAGAAGGCCAGAGUGCCGGCGACCCCCGGCCCGCAGGGUGCCAGCAGCAGGAGGUCACUCCUGAGGGCGCGGGCCGAUUCUUUAGCAUUCAAAACUCCUAACUCUAAAACACACAGACGGACGCCACGCAUGGUUCCUGUGGCCCAGGCUAGUCUGACCUUCAUUAAACGCUUGAAAACAGACAUCCCCCGGCACCCGAUGCCCUUCGCCGCCAAGAACGUGUUCUACGACGAGCGCUGGAAGGAGAAGCAGCAGCGGGGCCUCACGUGGUGGCUCAACUUCCUCCUGACGCCCGACCACCUCGCCGCCAAGACGCACGUCCCGACGGAGGUGAACGCCGCCACGCUGCUCCUGGGCGCCGAGAGCCACCACAAGCCGAGCGUGGCCCGCGCGCCCACCAAGGAGGAGGCGUCGCUGCGGGCGUACACGGCCCGGCGCCCGCUCAGCCGCCUGCGGCACGCGGCCUGCCGCCUGUUCACGGCGGACGGCAUGGUGCAGGCCAUCAGGAAGCUGGAGGGGGAGAUCGCGGCGCGGCGGCUGGCAGUGCGGAGGGACAGGCGGCUCUGGAAGGACGUGGGGGAGCGGCAGAGGGUCCUCAACUGGCUGCUGGCCUACAACCCGCUGUGGCUGCGCAUCGGCCUGGAGACCGUGUUCGGGGAGCUGAUCGCUCUGGAAGACAACAGCGACGUCACGGGGCUGGCCGUGUUCAUCCUGGGCCGCCUGCUGUGGAACCCUGACAUCGCCGCCGAGUACAGACACCCCUCCGUCCCCCACCUGUACAGGGACGGCCACGAGGAAGCCCUCUCUGCCUUCACGCUCAAGAAGUUCGUGCUGCUGGUCUGCUUCCUGGACCGCGCCAAGCUCUCCCGGCUCAUCGACCACGACCCCUGUCUCUUCUGCAGAGACGCCGAGUUCAAGGCGAGCAGAGACGUCCUGCUGGCCUUCUCCCGGAGCUUCCUCAGCGGGGAGGGCGACCUGUGCCGCCGCCUGAGCGGGCUGGGGCUGCCCGUCAGCCACGUGCAGACGCCCCUGGACGAGUUUGACUUCGCCGUCACCAACCUGGCCGUGGACCUGCAGUGCGGGGCGCGCCUCGUGCGCGCCACGGAGCUGCUCACGGGGGACUGGGGGCUGUCCCGGCGGCUGCGCAUGCCCGCCGUCAGCCGCCUCCAGAAGGUGCACAACGUGGACCUCGCUCUGCAGGCGCUGCGCGCCCGGGGGGUCUCCUUACAGGACGAGCAGGGAAGCGCCAUCCUGGCCAAGGACAUCGUGGACCGGCACCGGGAGAAGACCCUGGCGCUGCUCUGGAGGAUGGCGCUGGCCUUCCAGGUGGACGUCGCUCUCAACGCGGACGAGUUAAAGGAAGAAAUCGAGUAUUUGAAGCGCGCGUGGAGGGCGGGGGAAAGCUCGCCGGCGCCCUCCGGCCGCGCGGACACGUCCCUCCGGGAGCGGACGGACCGGGAGCGCCCCGAGAGCGUGCGGCUGCUGCUGGAGUGGGCGCGGGCCGUGUGCGCCUUCUACGGCGCCCAGGUGGACAACUUCACCGUGUCCUUCUCGGACGGCCGCCUGCUCUGCUACCUGAUCCACCACUACCACCCGGGCUGCGUGCCGCUGGCCGCCAUCCGCCAGCGCACCUCGCAGACCGUGGAGUGCGCGCAGUCCGGCUCCGUGGUCCUCAACUCCUCGUCCGAGUCCGAGGAGAGCGGCCUGGACCUGUCCCUGCGAGCCCUGGAGCUGCGGCAGGCUGGGACAGCCCCCGCGGAGCUGCACCGGGAGCUCCUGGAGAACGAGAGGAGGAACUUCCAGCUGGUGAGCUCCGCGGCCCGGGACCUGGGCGGCAUCCCGGCCAUGGUCCAGCACGCCGACAUGUCCAACACCAUCCCCGACGAGAAGGUGGUGAUCACCUACCUGUCCUUCCUCUGCGCGCGGCUGCUGGACCUCCGCCGGGAGAGCCGGGCCGCGCGGCGCAUCCAGGCGGCGUGGCGGGAGCACCGGCUGCGGGUGGAGCGGCGGCGCCGCCAGGAGCGAGACCGAGCUGCCAGCGUCAUCCAGGCGGCCGUGCGGGGCUUCCUGGCCAGACGGCGCCGGCGGAGGGAGGCGCGGGCCGCGCUGGCCGUCCAGAGGCGCUGGCGGGCGCUGUGCCGGCGGCGGGCAGCCCUGCGAGCCGAGCGGGAGCGCCAGGAGAGAGCGCGGAACCAGGCGGCAUCCGUGAUCCAGAGACGCUGGAGAGGGUUUUCCGCCCGGAGGCGGUUCCUGAGGCUGAGGCACUGCUCCGUCGUCCUGCAGGCUCGGAGGAGGAUGGUGGCCGCCGUCGCCGCCCACCGCCGCCGCCUGCGGGCCACGGUCACCAUCCAGCGGCGCUGGCGGGCGUGCGUGAAGCGGCGACGGGACCAGCAGCGCUACCGGGCGCUCCGAGCCGCCUGCCUGGUCCUCCAGGCCGCCUUCCGGAGGAGGCAGCGCCGGCAGCUGCGGGCCCGGACCAGAGCCGCGGCCACGCUGCAGAGGGCCUUCCGCGCGUGGCGGGCCCGGCGGCGUGCCCGGGAGGAGCGGGCCGCCACCGCCAUCCAGGCCUGGUACCGGGCGCGCCGGGCCGCCCGGCGAUACUGCCACAUCCGGGCCUGCGCCGUCCUCCUCCAGGCCCGGUUCCGGGGCCUGCGAGCCCGGCGGCUGUACCGGAGGAGGCGGGCGAGCGUGCUGGCCGUCCAGCGGCGCUGGCGGGCGCUCCUGCAGGGCAGAGCGGAGCGCGCCCGCUUCCUGCAGGCCCGGGCCGCGGCGCUCCGGCUGCAGGCGCACUGGCGGAGGAGGCGGGAGCGGGCGCGGUUCCUGAGCCUCCGGGAGACGGCCGUCAGGCUGCAGGCGCUCGUGAGACGGCACCAGCAGCGGCGGAGAUUCAGGAGGGUGAGGAGCGCCGCCCUCGUGGUCCAGGCGCGUUUCCGAGCUCGCGUGGCGGCCCGGAGCGCGCUGGCGGCUUACCGGGAGACGCGCGCGGCCGUGCUGGUGCUGCAGGCUGCGUGGCGGGGGCUGCGGGCCCGGAGGACAUUCCUGCGCGCCCGCACGUCCGCCGUGACCAUCCAGUCCCACUACCGCGCUCACGCGGCCAGAAGGAGCUUCCUGCGCCUGAGACACGCCGCCGUCCGGCUGCAGGCCUUCGCCCGGGGCCACCUGGCCCGCCGGCGGCUGGGGCAGCAGAGGGCGGCCGCCGUCACGCUGCAGGCCUCCUUCCGCAUGAGAGCGGCCCGGCGGCGCUUCCUGCGAGUGCGCCAGGCGGCGCUGGUCAUCCAGCGGCACUAUCGCGCCCGCCAGGCCCGGCUCAGCCGGCGGAGGCACCGGCAGGUGCUCAGGGCCGCCACCCGCCUGCAGGCCGUGUUCCGAGGCCACCGGGUGCGCCAGCUCCUCCGGCGCCAGGCCGCGGCCGCGUGCACCAUCCAGGCCGCGUACAGAGGCCACCGGGCGCGCCAGCUCCUCCGGCGCCAGGCCGCGGCCGCGUGCACCAUCCAGGCCGCGUACAGAGGCCACCGGGCGCGUCAGCUCCUCAGGCGCCAGUCCGCAGCCGCGUGUACCAUCCAGGCCGCGUUCCGAGGCCACCGGGAGCGGGCGCGGUUCCGGGCGGUGCUCCGGGCCGCCGUCGCCAUCCAGAGGCGGUACCGGGCCCGCACGGCAGCUCGGGACCGGAGAGCUCGGGCUGUGAAGGCGAGGACGGCGGCGCUCACUCUGCAGGCGGCCUAUCGCGGCUGGAAGGUGCGGGCGCAGGGCCGCAGGGAGCGGCGGGCGGCGCGGAGGAUCCAGGCCGCGUUCCGCACGGCCCGGGCCCGGAGGCGGUUCCAGCGGCUGAGAGCGGCCGCGCUGGUCCUGCAGCGGCGCUGGAGGGCGAGGGCCGCGGGGCGGAGGCAGCGAGCGGCGUUCACCGGGCGCCGGCGGGCGGCGCUGACCCUGCAGGCCGCGUGGAGGGGGCGGACGGCCAGGAGGCGGUACGCGGCCUGCAGGGCCGCCGCCGCCGCCAUCCAGAGGUGGUACCGGCAGGCCAGCGCCGCCCGCCAGCAGCGCAGGGACUUCCUCCGGCUGCAGGAUGCGGCGGUCCGCGUCCAGGCUGCCUUCCGGGGCCUGCGAGCCAGGAGGCAGCUGCAGUGCAUGCACAGGGCGGCCGCCGCCAUCCAGGCCGCGUUCAGGAUGCACCGGGCACAAGGGAGGUUCCGCCGGGCGCGAGCGGCCGCCCUGGUCGUCCAGAGGAGGUUCAGGGCCCGUCGCCGGGGCCGGGCGCAGCGUGCGCGGUUCGUGGCCGUCCUGCGGGCCGUGCGUGUGCUCCAGGCGCGCUGGCGAGGAGCGCGAGCCAGGCGGACCCUGCGGCGGGCGCAGAGGGCGGCCGUGCUGAUCCAGCGCUGCUACCGCAGGCACCGGGCACGCACGGCCUUCCUCCGGCGCCGGGACCGCGCGGCCGCCACCCUCCAGGCCGCGGUCCGCGGCUGGCUGGCCCGGAAGCGGCUGCGGGAGCUGCGCCGGGCGGCCGCCGUGCUCCAGGCCGCGUUCAGGACGCACCGAGCGCAGGCCGGGGACCGGGCCCUCCAACAGGCCUCGGUCCUGGUGCAGCGGCGGGACCGAGCCUGCCGAGCGGCGAGGCUGCGGGCAGAGGGGUGUGUCGGACAGGGGGGUGCAGCCGAGGUCCUCCCGGCCACACCGGAGGGAGCGAAGGCGGGACAGGCCUUGCGGGAGCAGCUCGGAGCCGCUGUGCUCACUCGGCGCGCGCACAGGAGGCACCGGCAGCGCCUCCCCCACCAGCAGCUUUGGGGGGCCCCCACGGAGGCCCAGGAAGGACACGGAGCGAAGGAGGACGGGGCGCUGGGGCCCCGCGCGCUCCAGAAGGCGGCGGCCUCUGCCCAGGCGGGUGCGGCCGGGGAGCGGAGUCUGGAGCAGCGGCCGGCGGCCCGCACUGUCCAGCCGCGUCUCAGAGGCGCCAGAACGAGGACGCGCCCCCUCCACUCGCGAGCGGCCGUGGUGGCGGCUCCGAGAAGACGCAGAGGGGCCCCCGGACGGCCGUCCUCCUGCAGCGGUUUGCGGGGACCCAGGGACCUCGACCGCAGGCGCCAGGCCCCCAGGGCGCUGGGAGCCGGGGAGCGAGCCGCCCCGCGGGCCCGGGCCUCCCUCCGCGUGGCCGUGUGUCCGGGCAGGUCCGUCCGGCGGAGGAGGGCUGUGGUUCCCCUGCCGCUGGCCCUCCGGGCUCGGCGGGCUUGGCGGGCCCGGCGGCGGGUCCUGCCGCGGAGGGGAGCGGCGGUCACCGGGCAGAAUCGCCGCCGCGCCCGUGCGUCCGCGAGGCUCCGGAGGCGAGAGCGCUCACGCGUCAGCAGCGCCAUCGUCAUCCAGGCGUGGGCGCGGGGGUUUCUGCAGAGGCGGCGGCUCCAGGAGGUCAGAGCCAGCGCCCUGACAAUCCAGGCUGCGUGGCGGAGCUACAGAGCCCGGCGGCAGGUGCGGGCCGAGCAGGCGGCCUGCAGGAUCCAGGCCUGGUUCCGGGGCUGGCGGGCGCGCAGGGAGUACCGGGCCGUGCUGAAGGCUGUGCGAGCCGUGCAAGGCCGGUUCCGGGCCCGGCAGGCCAGAGCACGGGUCCUGAGCGUGAGGGCGGCCGCAGUUACCCUCCAGGGGAGGCGGAGAGCCACACUGUCGGGCAGGAGGGCCCGCGAGCACCUCCUGGCGGUGCAGACGGCGGAACGCAGAGCCGGAGUCCGGCUCCUGCGCUGGGCAGCCGCCGCCCGCUGCCACCUGGCUGCCGCCCGGAUCCAGAGGGCAUACCGGCGCCACGCGGGCCGGCGCCUGCGGGCCGCCAUCUGCAUCCAGAGAUGGUUCCGGGCCAGGCUGCGGCUGCAGAGGUUCAUGCACAUCCGUCACAGCAUCGUCGCCAUCCAGCACCAAGUCCAAGUCCAAGCUCGUGGGCGGCAGCGGGACCGGGCUGCCUCGGUGAUCCAGGCCGCCGUGCGCCGCUUCCUCCUCCGCAGGAAGCAGGAGCGGCUCGGCCGCGCGGCCGUGAAGAUCCAGGCGCUGUGGCGGGGCCACGCGCUGAGGAGGAGGAGCGGCUGCCCGCGGCUGGCGGCCGUCCGCACCAGCCUGCGCGCGCUGAGCGGCGCCGUGCGCGAGGAGGACCGGCUGAGCCGGAGGACGGCGCUGGCCCUGCACCACCUGCUCACCUACCGGCACCUGUCGGCCGUCCUUGAGGCCCUGCGGCACCUGGAGGUGGCCACCAGGCUGUCCCCGCGCUGCUGCGAGGACUUGGCCCAGAGCGGCGCGCUCCGCCAGCUCUUCCUGCUGAUCCGCAGCUGUAACCGCAGCGUGCCCUGCAUGGAGGUGGUCAGCUACGCCGUGCAGGUGCUGCUGCACGUGGCCAAGUACGAGCGGACGGUGGCCGCGGUGAGCGCCGUGGACGGCUGCGUGGACACGCUGCUGGGCCUUCUGCGCGUGUACCGGGAGAAGCCAGGCGACCGGCUCGCCGACAAGAGCGGGGACAUCUUCACCCGGACCUGCUGCCUGCUGGCCGCCCUGCUGAGGGCGACAGGCCCGGCCACGGAAGCUCAGGUCAGGUCCAAGGUCGCCGGCUGUGUGAGCAGCAUCUACAGGCUCACAGCGCAGAAGCACCGAGCGGACUCGGAGCGGACGCUCCCCGGGCCCAGCCACAACUCCUCCGCCAGCCUGCCCCGCCUCCCGGAGAGCCCCGCCAGGGCCCGGCCGGUGGCGCGCCUGCAGCCGGACUGGGUCCUGAGGAGAGAGGCCGGGCAGGAAAUCACGACGCCCCUGCAGGCCGCGCAGCUGGUCAUGGACACGCUGGGCCUGCCUUACCCGUGA